AUGGAUGGAGGACAGCCUGUCCCUUCACCCCUAGUGCCCCUUGGGAACGUGUCAUCAGAUUCUAGCAUGUCUCUGGAGCAGAAAACCACAUUUGUUUUUGUGAUUUUGUUGUUUAUUUUCUUGGGCAUCCUCAUAGUCAGGUGUUUCCGGAUUCUUCUGGACCCGUAUCGGAGCAUGCCAACCUCGACCUGGGCUGACGGACUUGAAGGCCUGGAGAAAGGGCAGUUUGACCAUGCCCUUGCUUAA